AUGAGGGCAAGCCAGAGUUUAAUUUCACUAGCCUCAGUUUUAACCCUGGUGGUGAUGAUCCAGAUAACAUCAGGUCAGAGCUUGAUCAACUUGAUACGAACCUGCCUAGAUUCAGCAAGGGACGAUCCAAACAUCGACUAUGCUUUCUGCACAAGCUCCCUGCAGGCAGCCACUGCGCCAACCCUGCAGGGGCUCAACAUCAUCUCCAUCACCCUCCUUCAAAACAACAUAACUGACACGCGCUGUUUCAUCAAACAACUCAUCAGAAACACUACUCCGGAGGAGCCAUACCUGAGGGAGUGCCUGAGCGACUGCUUGGAGCUUUUCUCCGAUGCCAUCCCUUCCGCAAAAGAGGCCAUGAGACACUUCAUAAUGAAGAGGUAUGACGAUGCCAACGUGAAGAUAAGUUCCAUCAUGGAAGGUGCUACCACCUGUGAGGAUGGCUUUAAGGAGAGGAAAGGUCUGGUUUCUCCUCUCACCAACAGAAACCACCAUGUUUUCGAGCUCUCUGCCAUCACCUUGUCUCUUAUGCACGUUAUUCAAACUAGAUCAGGUUGA